GGAGGGCGAGUGGAAAGUCCGACCUGCUUGCAGUCUCGUUGAUCCAGCCUCGGGUAGUAUGUACCGUGACGUGACAAUGGCGGUAGUCGUAAUUGCGAAACGGUACGUUAUUGUGAUCAGCUGAUCAACUGAGCUCGACGGAAAGAGCAAAAUUCGAGAAAGAACCCGCGAAUAAAUAAUAAGACGAGGAUCCAGGGAGGAAGCGGCCGUGUUCGGAGCCCUCCGAAAUAAUUUAAAGGGAAACGUCAGGAAAGAAGGGAAUUAGAUUUUCGGCUAUGUCAUUACGUUUGUGAUUUGUUUCGCCCGUAGGGCACCGGUGCUCUUUGUGUUGUGUGAAUAAGUGCAUUCUUGCGAGUGUGUUGUGUGCACGUAUGCGUGGAGUUCGCAAAAGCAUUAGAUAAAUGUGUCUUAGCCAUGCCUGCUGUGCGGAAGUACAGAAGGGAUACCAGUGAAGUGAGCUGCUGUCUCAAGUAUGUGAUCUUUGGAUUUAACGUUAUGUUUUGGUGGCUGGGUUUGGGUAUUAUGGCGAUAGGUGUUUGGGCAUGGACCGAGAAAGACACAUUCAAUAAUUUGUCUAGGCUGACAAAUGUUGCGCUCGAUCCAGCAUUUAUCCUCAUUCUAGUCGGUACAGUGACAUUUAUCAUCGGAUUUACGGGAUGUGUUGGUGCACUCAGGGAAAAUACGUGCCUCCUAGCUACGUAUGCGAUAUUUCUGGCGUUAUUGUUGUUAAUGGAGAUGGCAGCCGGUGUUUUAGGCUUUGUCUUUAAGGACUGGAUAAAGUCACAAGCCACUGGCGGUUUCCAAGCGUUCAUCAUUCACUAUCGGGAAGAUCCUGAUCAGCAGAAUCUCAUCGAUUGGAUUCAAGAGGAUUGGUUGCAGUGUUGCGGCAUCGAGGGUCCUAAAGAUUGGGAUCGCAACAAUUAUUUCAACUGUUCGUCGAGCGAUAUUGGCUCGAGGGAAGCAUGCGGCGUGCCUUUUAGCUGUUGUAAACGAAAGCCAAAUGAAAUUAUAAAAAAUAAACAGUGUGGCUACGAUGUUAGAAAACCUAGCUACACUGGGGAGAGGAGUAUAUACGAGAGAGGCUGUCUAAGAGCAGGCGAAGAAUGGCUAGAAUUGAAUCUCGUAUCUGUCGCUGGUACUGUUGUCAGCACAAUGGUUUUACAGAACUUUGAAGUUGCCAAAGUGAUUUAUGAAAAAGGUUGUAUUCAAGCUGGGGAGGAAUGGGUGGAACGAAAUCUUCUUGCAAUUGUCACCGGGGCGGUUGCUACGGCAUUUGCGCAGAUUCUUGGAAUCUGUUUUGCUCAGAAUCUUCGAGCAGACAUAUUCGCACAAAAGGCAAAGUGGCAUUGACAAUUUCGGGCCCCCACGGCGGUCUAGCAUCUUAUACUGAUUGAUGCUGAUCAGUUACGUUGAUCGAACUGGAAGAGCUCGUCGAAGAUCUCGAGAGAUUGCAGACCUUUGACGUGAAAAUCGACACGAAUUCCACGGUGGAAAGUGCAGGACUCAAGACUCAGGAUAUCCGAACAGAAUCGACAAGAUACGGGUACUGCUUUCGUUCAUGGAUUGCCGACAAUUGCGUGUUCAUUUGAACGAAUGGGUGUUCAUCUAUGAUUUCGUAACGACGACUUGCCAAAUUUUCGCAAUUUUAUCGUUCCACGAAUUUUCCAAGCGUCAACUUUAUUUUAAUUAAUUACGCUUAAACGUCGAUAAAACGUUUUCCAACGUUUCGUUAAUAAUUAUUGUUAUCGAGGGUAUAACUUGUUGCACCAUUGAUCCCUAUAUUGAUGAAAUGACACCGAAUGGAUUUCAAUUUGCGUCGCAGCCUCGAUAAAUUUGAUUUCGCAAACCAAACACACACAGUUGCCAAUUGACAACUUCCCACUUUGUAUCAAGGUAACAAUCGAGCCGAUUGGAUUCGAGAAGCCACGCUGUGUUUAAUACAUGUACGAUUGUAAGGAAAACAAAUCGCGCUGUGUUUACGUAUAAUUUUUUACACUACAAAAAUCGCAUCGUCACGUCCGCCACGUUAACGAGAGAAGAGCGAGACUUUUUAACAAGGAAAUCGCUUCGAGGAAGCAGAUUUCGAUCGUACGCUUUUCGUUCGAGAGCUACGGUGCACGUGGAUUGACAAAUCGAGUGUUUCAAGCAUUCAGUUUUAUCAAACGCUUCUGCCUGGCAACAGUCUCACGCUCGUUAUGUUACAAUUCGAGCAAAUAUAUUGUUUGCCAAGAGAGAGAUAGAGUGUGUGUUCGGAUAAGGGGAAAGAAAAAAAAGAGGAGAGGAGCAAUGCCUGCUCGGUUCACAGGGGAAUGAUGUGUCGAGGCAUUAAAGUCGAUUGACGUGAUGUCGUGGGGGCGCGGUGAAUACGAUUGACUUCACCGCACGAUCUAAGAUCUCGUGGCGUCGUCACGAGAGAGUAAAGCCAUAUGACAAGCAAGUAUACAAUAAUUUCUUUCGAUUCGCUCCAAUACGUCGUCGAAACCGGCUGAAAUUCCAGCCAAAUCGAUCCAUAUUGAUCCUGCGUUUCAUGCCGACACGUUUCCUCCAUUGAUAGGCCAGGUGCCUGCUUUUUUAUCGUAUCACCGACGAGAGAUAACAGCGACUUGAGUUUGCUCGACGAAUUCGAAUCCACUGGUCUUUUAUAUAACAAAUUAUAUUAUUGUGUACAAUAGUAU